GGCUUCAGCGAGCGAUAGGUAGCUCCUCCCCGGGUUUCCUCACAACGUUCCAAAAGAAGUAUUGGGCGAUCGAUUGGCACCUCGGUAUGAAAGUCCCUUGUUGUGGGCCAGUCAUCUUCUUGCGGGAUGAGAGUGUCGGUUACUACCCAUGCGGGGGUAUCAAGACUUACUCGUUUGAUAAGAACAUGCCUGACGAGGAGUACAUGAGAUUCCAUCUGACGACGUGUUUCGACAUCGACGGUCACGAGGUGCCUGACAACUACAAGCUCGUGUCUUUCCACGUGGACAAGUUCCAAGGUUACGGCAUCCGCGUUGCAUCAAUGCCACCAUUCGACAAGUCGAAGAAGAAGGAUGCGUUGCAGAUGGUGAUGCUAAGGCCGUUCGAGUUCCUCAAACGCGUUAAUUGCUAUAAGGUGUCGAACCAUAUCGUGACGAUUGACAACAACCUGCAGUUGUCAACUCCCUUCGUGCCCUUCGACUGUGAUCUUGGAGACUUCGCAGACAUGGUGCGACGUCACAAGCUGCAGGCGAUGGGCCAAGCCGUUUUGCGAACUACAGUGUCUGUGAGCUCGCCACAGGCGGUAGGCAAGACUUGUGGGGAGCCGAAAACAUCCGCCCGUAUGAGCAAAAGUGGGGCCGCAUCGACACAGGCAAAGAGCGUGAGCAAAUCAACUUCUCUGCUCCAGCCGAAGGGUGUGUCUGCGACGCGAGCACCAUCAGAUGCAAAAUAUGUGGCACGCGUUUCUUUGACUCCGGCUGGUGGGGCCACUGACCAUGAGGAUAACGACGAAAACACAGAGGAGGACUCGCGCUUCAGACAGUGGGACGAUGGGCGGUGGCCCGAUGGCAAUAACGCGAAAGACACGGAAGGGGACGACGACGAAGAGCGGUUCCACGACGGUACACACGAUGAAGAGGGAAACUUGGAGGAUGGUUUGGCCGAAGGCGAUGGUAGUGAAGAAGAAGAAAAGGAGGAUGCAAGUGAAUAGGACGCCGCGGAACGGGAAGACAACUACGAAGGGGGGAGCGAAGGAGAUGAGGGUGAGGGGGACGACGACGACGGCGGGAAUAGAGGGUCGCAGAAAAGACGGAAACAGUCUUCAUGUGCCACAAGUCAUGACGGUCCGGCAGAAGAUGACGAUGUGUUGCAUGGUACGCAGAGGUCUGUGUGCAUGCGCAAGAGGAAAAUAAGAUGUGGGAAAGCAGAGGAAGAGAACCGGAGACAAGCUAAGCUC